AUGGGCUCGGUGGGAGCGGAGCGCCGCAGGCCCACGCCGGCCCAGACGCCAGAGGAGCGGGACGUGUGGAGGGACGGAGGAAGAGCUGGAUGGAGGGAUGCUGGGAGGGAGGCCUGGAGGGAGGGCAGGGAGAGCGGCGUGGUGCAGAGCUACAGCUUCGACUCGUACCAGCUGGAGGAGGAGGAGAUCAGUAAAGACGCCCCAGAGCGAGGAGUGCUGGCUCUGUCUGAGCCCGACUUCGAAGAACCGAUUCCUGACGACCGUUACCAUGGCAUCUACUUUGCGAUGCUACUGGCGGGAGUUGGUUUCCUCCUUCCCUACAACAGCUUCAUCACUGAUGUAGACUACCUGCAUCGCAAGUUUGAGGGAACAUCUAUAGUGUUUGACAUGAGUCUGACGUACAUUUUGGUCGCUCUGCUGGCCGUCAUCCUCAACAACGUGUUGGUGGAGAGACUCAGCAUGCACACCAGGAUUACUGUAGGUAAGUCACAGCUUCUGUGUGGAAGGAGCUCAUCUAUCAAAGAUCCUCUGUGAAAUGGAAAGGAGAAAAAAAAUAAACAAUAAUAAUAAACUAGAGAAACUGCAUUUCCUGC